AUGGCAGCGAAUGCUGCUUUCUCAGAUUCAGGUCAACGUACAAAACAGGAUGAUGAAGACCCAAUCAUAGUCGUAGAGGAGAAAGAUAUUCAAGUUCAAUUUUGGGGGCUACCGGAGCACUACAAAACGAAGGACUUAGGAUGGAAGCUCAAAUGCUCUUUUGGGGAGGUUCUGGAUGUGGAUAUCUUCCAAGUUCGAGGCAAAGAACACAUCAUAGUUAAGGUACAAGUCACUCUAGAUAUCACUAGACCGAUUAAAAGAGCCCUGCGUAUAGUCGGCCCAAAUAAAAAGGUACUGGAAGUUGGUUUGAAGUAUGAACGGAUAGGGAACCUUUGCAACUAUUGUGGCUAUGUGGGACACGAGGCAAGGAUGUACAGUUUUCAACUUGAUGAUUCUUUAAAAGGAGAGGUUAAGGAAGAAAGAUGGGACGAAUGGCUGAAAUCAGAUCAAUCAGGUAGAAGAGAGAAUCACACAGAAGACAAUUUUGACUCUAAGGUGCCGAUAAAUGAGAAGAGUAGAUAA